GGCUCCUGCGCACCCCGCCGGGGAGCCGAGCGCCGCACAGACCGGUUGUAACUUUUGCAAGACAGUUAUCAUGUGACUGUGGAUUAUGACAACCAAAAUCUUAAAGAAAAUUCCUUGAAUUAAACAUCUAUACCUUUUGAACAUCUUGGAACUUAUUGGACACUCUUUGAAGUCUGUCUGAAUUGUAACUUGUAUAACUUUUUAAAAGCUUCAUAAUGGAGUUCUUAUUAUCCAAAGGAGACUGCAUUAGAGAUUUGAAAAGAACUUUAUUAUUUUUAGUUUUAACAUGUCUGGUAGCUCUUGUUUGCACUGAUCAGGACUAUUAUAGUUUACUUGGAAUAUCCAAAGAAGCAAGUAAUAGAGAAAUAAGACAGGCUUUCAAAAAACUGGCAUUAAAGUUACAUCCUGAUAAAAAUCAGAAUGAUCCAGAUGCUCAUGAAAACUUCUUGAAAAUAAAUAGAGCAUAUGAAGUAUUAAAAGAUGACGAGCUACGGAAGAAGUAUGAUAAAUAUGGAGAGAAAGGUCUUGAAGAUCACCAACAAGGAGGUCGAUACGAGAGCUGGAACUUUUAUCGCUAUGAUUUUGGUAUUUAUGAUGAUGAUCCUGAAAUCAUAACAUUGGAUAGAGGAGAAUUUGAUGCUGCUGUUAACUCUGGAGAACUCUGGUUCAUCAAUUUCUAUUCCCCUCGAUGUUCACACUGCCAUGAUUUAGCACCUACGUGGAGAGAAUUUGCUAAAGAAAUGGAUGGACUAAUACGCAUUGGAGCUGUAAAUUGUGGUGAUAAUAGAAUGCUUUGUCGGAUCAAAGGAAUUAAUAGUUAUCCAAGUCUCUAUGUUUUCAAAACUGGAAUGAAUCCAGUGAAAUAUUACGGAGAGAGAUCAAAGGAAAGUUUAAUGAGUUUUGCCAUGCAGUAUGUCACAAGCACAGUGACAGAGUUAUGGGCAGGAAAUUUUGUUAAUGCUAUUCAAACUUCAUUUGCCUCUGGUGUUGGCUGGCUGAUCACUUUCUGUGCUGAGGGUGGAGAUUGUUUGACUUCCCAGACGCGCCUUAAACUAGCUGGCAUGUUGGAAGGCCUUGUUAAUGUAGGCUGGAUGGACUGUGCCACCCAGGGUGAGCUUUGUGAUAAUUUGGAUAUCUCAUCUAGUACUACAGCAUACUUUCCACCUGGAGCCACCUUAACUAAUAAAGAGAAAGGAGGUGUUUUGUUUCUUAACUCCUUGGAUGCCAAAGAGAUAUAUUUGGAAGUAAUGCAACAUCUUCCAGAUUUUGAAAUGCUCUCUGCAGCCUCAUUAGAGGACCACGUGGCUCAUCACAGGUGGCUGCUUUUCUUUCAGUUUGGUGAGAGUGACAAGUCAAAUGUGCAUGAGUUUAAAAAACUGAAUUUUCUGCUUAAAGAUGAACAUAUUCAGGUUGGAAAGAUUGACUGCCUUUCUGCACCAAGUGUCUGCAGUAAUCUUUAUGUCUAUCAGCCAUGUCUAGCAGUCUUUAAAGGAAAGGGAACUGAAGAUUAUGAAAUUCAUCAUGGAAAGAUGAUCCUAUAUGACAUAGUUGCAUUCGCCAAGGAGAGUGUAAACUCUCAUGUUAUCACACUUGGGCCUCAGAAUUUUCCUGGCACGGAGAAGGAACCAUGGCUUGUUGACUUCUUUGCACCUUGGUGUCCUCCAUGUCGAGCUUUGUUGCCAGAGUUGAGAAAAGCAUCAAAGCACCUUAUUGGUCAGCUUAAAUUUGGCACACUAGACUGCACAAUCCAUGAAGGGCUUUGCAACAUGCAUAACAUUAGAGCUUACCCAACAACAGUGGUGUUCAACCAGUCCAGUGUUCAUGAAUAUGAAGGGCAUCAUUCUGCUGAACAGAUCUUGGAGUUUAUACAGGAUCUCAUGAACCCUUCAGUGGUCUCCUUAACACCAGACACUUUCAGUGCACUAGUUAAACAAAGAAAGCGGAAUGAAGUCUGGAUGGUUGAUUUCUAUGCUCCAUGGUGUGGGCCUUGCCAGGCUUUAAUGCCGGAAUGGAAAAGGAUGGCCAGGUUGUUAAAUGGAUUAAUCACUGUUGGCAGUAUGGAUUGUCAAAAAUAUUUUUCUUUCUGUCACCAAGAAAAUGUACAAGGAUAUCCUGAAAUAAGACUCUUUCCUCAAAAAUCAAAUACAGGUCAUCAUUACUAUAGUUACAAUGGUUGGCACAGGGAUUCGUAUUCGUUAAGAAGCUGGGCACUUGGAUAUUUACCUCAAGUAUCUGUAGAUCUGACACCUCAGAGCUUCACAGAAAAAGUUUUGCAUGGAAAAGAUCAUUGGGUCAUUGAUUUUUAUGCUCCUUGGUGUGGCCCUUGCCAAAAUUUUGCUCCAGAAUUUGAGGUGCUAGCUAGGACUGUAAAAGGAAAAGUAAAAGCUGGAAAAGUUGACUGUCAAGCUUAUGCUCAGACUUGUCAGACGGCUGGCAUCAGAGCCUACCCUACUGUUAAAUUUUAUCCCUACCAAGGAGCAAAGAAAAAUGUUCUUGGAGAGCAUAUAGACAGCAGAGAUGCAAAGGGCAUAGCUGAUCUUCUGACUGAAAGAUUAUCCAUCAUUAAAAAUAAAGGAAAGAGAAAAAAAUCUUCUAGAAACAAGGAUGAACUCUGAUAUUGAAGACGAUAAAUUUCAGAGUAUACCGAAGCUGUGACAAAUAGAAGGCACCAUGAUGAAAAUAUAAGUUAGACUAAUUUCAUGAUUGGAAAAACAGAAAUGAACCUUAGCUUGAAUUCAGGGACACCUAGGCUUGUCCACAUGAAUUCUAGGGAGUUGCUCUAUUUGUUGUGGAGGGAUUCCAAGAAUUUGGGAAUAGGCUGUGCCUGCCCCACUUGCUGAUUAGGAGACACAAACUUCAAGGGCUUAGACAAUAGGGGGAGCUAUCUGGUUUUCAUCUACCCGCUGGUAUUCCAUCUCUUGUGUGGAGAGUGUAGGAAAUGUGCAUUCAACCUGUGGACUAGUGUGCAAUCAAGCCAGCCAAAUUUGUAUUUUCACACAGCAGAGUGCACUAUCCCUUCCUGAACACUGAGGAAUUGUCUGACAUCAAUGUGAAGGAAAAAUAAUCUUAUCUCAUGACGGAAGUUUAGUUUUGGGUUUUUAAUUUUGUAGCAAUUCACCAAGCAACCAGUAGUUGGAUAGGUUUAUAGAAUCAACAGAUCACCUUCCUUGUAGAAUAUUGCUGUAUCUUACCAACUGAGAUGACGAAAGUUUUGAAGAGCUGUCUUUUUUUUUUUUUUUUUUAAAUUCAUCUCACCACAUUAGGAUUUCAAAACUCAAUGUUUAACUCAAAUACAAAUGUGUUAUACCACUGAAGUAUCCUAUACCGAAUUCUCAGCUUGUUUCAUAGUAAAGUUUUCCAGUUUAUCUUUAACUCAGAUGAAUACAUGGGGCACAUCUUUUAACUUGUUUUGGUAUAACCACUGUCAAACCCUAUGCUCCCAGCCACCCUUGAAAAUCUUCAUCAUGAAAUAUGGACCUGGUCCACAGUGCAUAUUUCCCCUUUUUGUACAAGUGCCUUCUGAAUUUUGACUAUUUCAUAAUGGACAUUUAACAUUGUUCAUGUAGACACUGAGGUCAUUCUUUGAGGUUAUGUUUUUUUAAAAUUGUGUAUGCGACAAAGGAUUCUAUAUGCACCAUUUGCACUUAGCGACGUUUAAAUCGUUUUACAUUUUCGUUUUACUGGAGUCCACAAAAAUGGUCUACUGUGAGUCAGACUUCUUUGAAAGAUCACUGUAUCUUUGAAAUGAUUUACUCUUUAAUAAAAUAUAGAUUAGCCAGUGCCAGAUGAGCUUUUCUCCCCGUUUCCACCCACCUGCUUUGGCACAAUUGAACCUACUGCAGUUACCAUAAUGAUGAGUACAUCAGAAAUUCCUAGAGGUCCUGUCCUCACUGAGUAAUUUAUAUUAUAAAUUAGAGUGUGAGACACAUGAAAACAAAAAGUGACUCUAGCCAACCUGAGGCACCCAAACUCAAAUACUUUUACCCUAUGUUUACAGUUACUUAUAUUGCUUGCAGGAUAUUUAAUAUAUAUUACCAGUCAUAGACACCCCCCCCCCUCCAAAAAAAAAGGUAAUACAUCUGCUGCUUUUAUCAAGGAGACCCUUCCACACUCAGGAAAGUGUUAAAAUUGAUGUGACUUUAAAACAGUCAAACUCUUUUGUCUUGGUCAGUGCCUGUUUAACCGCAACCUCAUUUCUCACGUUCCAUCACUUUCUACCUUUCCUCCAGGGGAUGAUGUCAUAGUUAUACAUUCUUGGAUAAUACUUUUGGAAAUUCAUUCCAGCAGAAAUACAAACACUAACAGAGGUGUUUGGACAGUCUUCCUUGACUUGCAAUUAAUAGUUAUAGAAAUUCUAGGACAAUAAGUAUGAAGAAUUCACAGCAUUCUUCUUGAUUAAAGUAAUAGGAGCAUAAGAACCUACUAGCUUAGUUGGACUGUAGCCCUUAGGUUUUUCUUAAAUGAACAUACAGAUUCAAUAAUAUCCCCUCCCAUGUUAGUCCUUCCAAACUUGUAUUGAUAAUAUGGAAAUAGGACACUGUUGUGCCCAUCAGAAGUGUCCAGUUCACAGAAUACCAGUAUUUGGCAGCCCAAGAAGUCUAUAGAUAUGAGACCUCACCUUGUAGAAGAGAAGAAAUACAAAAUGGGCUACGAGGAGGGAAUUUUGUCCAAGUAAAGUUUAAAAAAAUGGUUUAAGAUUUAAUUUGAUGUGAAGGAGCUUGUGUAGAAGUCUGUAGUCUGGAAAGAUUCUUGCCAUGUUCCACACCUCUGAAAUAGCAUAAUUUCAAGACAUGAAAUGAAAAAAGUUAUAUUGUAUAAAGAGUAUUUUAAAUUUUUAGAGAUUUGGUAUUGAAGUUUUUUCUUCUACCCUCCAAUACAUCUCCUUAUGCUUAUGGUUAGAAAAAUUACUAUAGGAUGCUGUAUGUUUUCAAAGACUUUUGCAAGAUUUUAUUUGCCAACUGCUUUGUCCACCAAUUCUUACUGUCACAAAGCCUAGACUUAAUUUCUAGCUGUGCAAAACACUAUUCUUACAUUAUUUUACUUCUUUUUUAAGGUACAUUUACUUUGUUGCUAAUAUCACAGGUAUGAUUUUAUGCUAGUAAUCUGUAAUUUAAUCAAUAGUUUAAAUGCACUGUCCAGGACACCUGCAAUAGCAAGAUCACUAAAUAAGAAGAUCCUGAUUCUGCAAGCUGUAGGAUAAAUUGCACGAUAUUGGUCCUCAAAGUAGCACCAGGGCAGUGUCAGUACCAGUCGCUCUGCUGUCAGAGUGAAAAUAAAUGGAGAUGCUGAAGAACUCCUCUAAAACAAUGGAAACAUGGAAAAAUUUUCCAUAGAGAAUUAAACUGACAAUUUGAAAUACCACAUGGUCUCGAAUACAGAAAAAGUAGGCAUUUCAAAAUAAACUGUGUGUAACUGCUGUUUUGAUAUUUUAAAGUAGUGUUUACAUUAAAAACAUUCUUCAAAAUAACAUACCUAAUAGCCUGUUUGUAUAUGCAAUAAACUAACUGGAAGAUAAAUCAUGA